CAUAACCUCAAUUAUUUCGCAAACUUGACAAUAUAUGUAUACAUAGGCACUUACCGUCAGUAUCAAUGAAAAAUAUAAAAUUCUAGGAUAAAAUGAUAGCACACUUGCCGAGGUUCGUACCAAAUUUAGUUGGUUUGAUCAAAGCAACUCGAUUCGUUCACAGUGUUAAGCAUCGUUCAAUUAGUUAUAGCGGUAAAGUGUUUGCACCUUUAUAUAGGAAUUUCGAAGAUGUUAUCGGCAGUCGGCAAUCGGAAGCAAGUCGAUCGAUUGUAGUGCAGGUGGCUUCAGAGAAAUCAUUCGAUGAUGUUCAUCAAUACUGUAGUCAAUUUGGACAUGUAACGAAGGCCUACUUUUAUACCGUACCCAAAGAUACCAGUUUUAUUUUGCUUGAGUAUGACAAUAAGGAUUCGGUGAGCGAGGCAUUUCAAUCGAGUGCCUUUCCGGAACUUGCUUCAGGAGUGGUACCUGUGAAGAGUAGUUUCAUGUGGUUUCGAAAUACGCCAAACAAAAGAAAACUUAAACAGAUCAAAGAUAGAGUCCCAUUGAAUGUGCACGAAGAAUCCGUUGAGAGAAAAACCGGAAAACUAGCGAAAAUACUGAGAGAAUCGAAUUCAAUAUCAGAGCAAAUAACUUUAUUGUAUGAAAAUACACGGCUAAAUGAUCUUUCGGUGCGAUUGAGAUUCCUAGGAGCGUUGCAAAUUCAACGAGCACUCAGUGGUUUAUUUUUGAAUCAUGUCGUCUUGCCGUUCGGUUCAACUGUCAAUGGUUUUGGGAAGCUUGGCUGUGAUUUGGAUAUGAUAUUACACUACAAUUCUGAUGAUUGCUCAUACAAAUCGCCAAGUGAUUACAGCAACAGACGACUGAUGUUCCACACAAAAAGCUGCUCGUCCGACUCAGAAGCAGCGAAGCGAGGAUUGAUCGAGAAUCACAUCAAAUUCUAUGGUACAUUAUGUGAAUCAUUCAUUCCCGGUGCUGCGAAUGUCACUCCAAUCUACAAGGCUCGCGUACCAAUCGUCCGGUAUUUUCAUAAAUAUUUGGAUAUCAGCGUCGAUAUUUCGUUGAUUAAUAUGACUGGUUUUUAUAUAUCGGAAUUGUUUCAUAUUUUUGGUGAAACCGACGAGCGUGUUCGACCAUUGGUGUUCUUAGUUCGUCGAUGGGCACAAGAAAUGCAAUUGACUUCGAAAACGAACACGCAUUCAUUCACCAAUUUCCAAAUAACCUGUUUGGUUUUGAGUUUUUUGCAGCAGUUACCUGACCCAAUCAUACCCACAGUACCAGAAUUAGUAUCAGCAGCACGUAAAGAAGAUGUUCGAUACUCGGACGAAGGACGAGGCUAUACAUUUUUACGAGACAUGGACAAAAUUCAAUUUAAAACACAAAAUACGAGUUCACUAGAAGAAUUAUUUGUUCAAUUUUUGGAAUUUUACGGCACGUUUGACUUUACAAAAAACUUGGUGUCGUUGACAUCAAAGAAACCAAUCCGAAAAAUUGAGCCAUCAGCACUACAAAUUGCGAACCCAUUCGAAAUGGAACAAAAUUGGAGCCGAAACAUAAGCUCUGAAGAAUGUGCCGCAUUCAAAAUGCAUGCUCAAGAUACGUUUGCUGAUAUAAUGGAGAUAGGCAGUACAACGAAGCCAAAUCAAGAUCGAUGGGGACUCUUGUCAAUAUUUCCACAAUUGAGAUAAUCAAUUUACUGUUAUUUUUUAAGUAGUUCGAAAAAGAGUUUUUUUAACCGCCAAUAAAUUUACACCCUUUUGACAUUUAAUGCGAUUCGCCUUUGUUUGACAGUUGCUGAAGCAUGCUUAUAACUUUGACAGCGAUAGACAUAACAUAACCAUACACUACAUUGUGAAAUUGCGAAUAAACAAAAAUUGAAACGAAGUAUUAAA